AAGUUCAUUCUUUGUGGCUGUCUCGGGGUUUCGCUUGUCUUGCUUUCAUCUCUCCUUCUUUGCAGCAUCGUUAAUCUUCCUUCGAGACCUAGUAAUAAGGGGUGCUUUGUUUGAUGAGAUUGUACUCUGGAUCUGGAUUUGAUGUUGAUGAGGUGUCCUUGUUGAAGUUAAAGGCAGCGUGAGAAGCAGCGUUAAAGGGGCCGUCAAAGGCGGUGUUAAAGAAGGGGGAGGAGGGGGGGGUCAGAGGCGGCAUUAAAGGCGGAGGCGUCGUUAAAGGCUGCGUCAGAGGGAGUGUUAAAGGGAACGUCAGAGGCCGCAUUAAAGGUGAUGGCAGAGGCGAUCAUAACGAGGCUGUCAGAGGCAGUACUGGCCCUCGUUGAGAAAACUAUUAUACCAUCGGCGCCAGGCGUUGCGGAAACCAUGCCCAUCCUUGCCGCUAAGGAAAAUGAAUCUGACGAUAUCUCAGCAAACAGAGACGAAGCUUCGGACGGGCCAUUUCUGAGCAUAAAUACAAGUCCUCUUUCAAUAUUUUCGGAAAAUGAAAUGGAUAUUGAAGCAAAUAGAGGCAAUGCUUGGGAUGGAUCGGGUGAGAAUUACAGAGAGGGAAAUGAAUCUGAUGAUAUCUCAGCAAACAUAAGUGCCGCUCCGGACGAGGAACGUCUGAUCCCAAAUAUAAGUGCUGUUGAUAUUGAAGUAAAUACAGGCAGUGCUCAGGAUGGAUCGGGUCAGAAUUACGGAAAGGUUCCUUUAUGGGAGUGGAUUUUUGUUGUCUCCAACUUGAUCGUGGAGCUUCCCUCAGCUGUUUUUGACCAGCUUUCGUCUCCGCAUAAGCCUCUUUAUGCGCUAAUGGUGAUGGCGUUGUCCCUCGUAGCCUUGGUUCUUUGUGUCAUUUCGUUGCUCUACAAGGGAGUAAAUGAAAGAAUCACCUUCAAGUGGCCAAGGGGCAGAAUACCCUGGUUAUAUUAUCGCUCCCAAGAUCACAAGCGUUUUGGAGCCUUUGCAGAUAUCAUUGGCUUAGUUUGUGCCAUAUCACAAUGCAUUGUUACAGCAAUUAAUUAUGAUUUUGCGCGCAGAGCUGCUGGUAGUUCUAUCAAAUUCUCAUUGUUGCCUACUAUCUUUGCUCUUGGCCUUUUAUGUUCAAGAAUUUUAGAGACUGUAGAGAAAAAGGCUUCAGAGAGACAAGAUCGUUGAGGACGGUUUCUGAUCAAGUUACGGGAUUACAGUUGUGAAAGUUGUGCACGUGAGUUUAAUAUAAGGCUUGUAUCUAAGUUGAUACUAAUUGGCGCCCCCUCACGUGUAGACUAGGUAUGAAGAUCAAUUCCUGUCACGUCCAUGCUCGGUAUUUUUAACUUUAGGUUUUGUCAAGUAGACAAAUAACAAGUUUCUCAUGACAAAAUCUAAGUUUUGAUAUCAUGUGAAAGUUGUGCAUGUGAUCUCAAUACAAAAAUUGCAUCUAACUUAAAACCAAUUAACAAUAGGUGAAGUAGUCUUCUUUUUAUUUAACUCACAAAUUUUUUAUUUUUAUACUCGAUGUGAAAUUUUUCCAUUUAACAGUAUUAUUACUGCAAAUGGACAUAACUCUUCGGUUCUUCCUGUUGUGUUGUGUUUUAAGAAUGCUAUAAUACAAAAUCUAUAAUAUUUUCUUAUUGUUCAUUUCAUUUUUUUUCUUAUUAAUAAUAUUUUCCCAUUGGGGCCUGCACAGAACAGAGCCACCGCCAUGUUCUUCGAAUUCUGAUCAGCUUUUCAAUUUUUGUGAAGUUGUUAGAAGGCAGAGUAUUCUCUUAUUGCCU